CGGCUGGCCCCGCCUCUUCCUCUCGGUCCCAUAUUGAACUCGAGUUGGAAGAGGCGAGUCCGGUCUCAAAAUGGAGGUAAAACCGCCGCCCGGUCGCCCCCAGCCCGACUCCGGCCGUCGCCGCCGCCGCCGGGGGGAGGAGGGCCAUGAUCCAAAGGAACCAGAACAGUUGAGAAAACUGUUUAUUGGUGGUCUGAGCUUUGAAACUACAGAUGAUAGCUUAAGAGAACAUUUUGAGAAAUGGGGCACACUUACAGAUUGUGUGGUGAUGAGAGACCCCCAAACAAAACGUUCCAGGGGCUUUGGUUUUGUGACUUACUCUUGUGUUGAAGAGGUGGAUGCAGCAAUGUGUGCUCGACCACACAAGGUUGAUGGGCGUGUAGUGGAACCAAAGAGAGCUGUUUCUAGAGAGGAUUCUGUAAAGCCUGGUGCCCAUCUAACAGUGAAGAAAAUUUUUGUUGGUGGUAUUAAAGAAGAUACAGAAGAAUAUAAUUUGAGAGACUACUUUGAAAAGUAUGGCAAGAUUGAAACCAUAGAAGUUAUGGAAGACAGGCAGAGUGGAAAAAAGAGAGGAUUUGCUUUUGUAACUUUUGAUGAUCAUGAUACAGUUGAUAAAAUUGUUGUUCAGAAAUACCACACUAUUAAUGGGCAUAAUUGUGAAGUGAAAAAGGCCCUUUCUAAACAAGAGAUGCAAUCUGCUGGAUCACAAAGAGGUCGUGGAGGUGGAUCUGGCAACUUUAUGGGUCGUGGAGGAAACUUUGGAGGUGGUGGAGGUAACUUUGGCCGUGGUGGAAACUUUGGUGGAAGAGGAGGCUAUGGUGGUGGAGGUGGUGGCAGCAGAGGUAGUUAUGGAGGAGGUGAUGGUGGAUAUAACGGAUUUGGAGGCGACGGUGGUAACUAUGGCGGUGGUCCUGGUUACAGUAGUAGAGGAGGCUAUGGUGGUGGUGGACCAGGAUAUGGAAACCAAGGUGGUGGAUAUGGUGGCGGUGGUGGAGGAUAUGAUGGUUACAAUGAAGGAGGAAAUUUUGGAGGUAACUAUGGUGGUGGUGGGAGCUAUAAUGAUUUUGGAAAUUAUAGUGGACAACAGCAAUCAAAUUAUGGACCCAUGAAGGGGGGAAGUUUUGGUGGAAGAAGCUCGGGAAGUCCCUAUGGUGGUGGUUAUGGAUCUGGUGGUGGAAGUGGUGGAUAUGGUAGCAGAAGGUUCUAAAAACUCAGAAGAAAAGGGUUGAAUGAGAACCCUACUUGCCUAAAUGAGGAAUGUCUUUCCUACCAUCUUAAAUACGAAGGUUUCUGGCUGGGUAAGGUUUGUAGCUUACAGUAAAGCCUGAUGACACCAUUUGUUUCCCUAUAAAUUUAUAUUACAUAUUUUAAAACUAUUAGAUACAUUGGCAAAAUUGUUCAGCUGAAAAGUUUAUCUUGGAGCCGCAUCAAACACAUUUUAAACAGUUUUAAAAUUUUCCCUGCAGUGACCAUGAGUGUUCAUCUUGAGUCAGAUAUAUACAAUUCAUUGUUGGUGUCUCUAGGAUAAAGUCAAUUUUUGACAAGAGAAAGAGUGACCAGGUUUUUUUAAAGAAUUUUUGUAAUAAGCAUGACUUGUAACAGAAGCAUUACGCUUCCAAUCCUCAUUCUAGAGAAAAGAAAAUCUUGGAAUGAAAUUUCAGAACUGUCAGAUCAUACAGAUACAAAAAUGGUCUUCGUUCAAGUGGCCUCAUACAUAAAUAAGUUCUCUCGCAUACGACUUCAGGGAAUUAUUUGGACUAAUAGGAUAAACUUUUGGUUCUUUUUUAGGUUUCUUUGUGUUUAAUCUGUUAAUCAGAGGCAGUGGGGGCCUAAUUCCACUAAAGCUCCUUUUUAAGACAACCUUUCCCAAAGAAUAGUUAAAAUAUUACUCAAUUACUACACAAAUCAGAUGCUAAUUGUUCAUAAGGGCUAUUAUUGCUGCCCCAAAAGGGCUUGUUAAAAUUUGAGGUUUGAUGUUAAUUCACUUUUUAAAAAACACUUUGGGGGGGGGCAGAUGGUUAAAAUAAAACUAGUUUCUAAAUUAUAAGUAAGUCAAGUUAUUUAUAUACAGGAGCAGUUAGGUUGCCACAGAUUUUAUUUUCAGAAAAUAACUGGUUGGGUCUCUUUCUGUAUCUAUCUAAAUCAGGACUGAAUUUCUACAGAAUGAAGUGUUGAAUAAGGUAAAUAGCCUUUUAAUGAUAAUUUUUCUUUACAACAUGGUUUUUAAUGAAGCAAACUUCCUAAGAUAGGAAAUAUUUUCUUUUUUAAAGGCAUUGUUCUUUUCCAGUCCAUCUCAUUUCUUUAUGAAAUAAAGCGAUUUUACUUAAAUGUAGUUCCACUGUCAUUUCUGAAAAAUAUGUUGCUGUUAAGUCAUAACACCAGUAAACGAAGGAAGUUAUACAAGGGAGAAAUGGUCAAGGCAAACCUUAACUCAUUUUGUCAAAGCAAUUCAUAGGUUACAGCUUCCCACACUACAUUUCUUCUGAAAAAGCUCAUUUUACACUCAUGUCCUAAAGAACAAAAACUAUCUGGUAACAAAGACUGUUAAGGAACUGAACAGUUGAAAUACACUUGGUUUUAAGAGUUCUAAUAUGUAAGUCACCAUUUGAAACAUUUCUAAUUAAAUGCCAGUAUCUCUUGGAAUUCCAGUAAUUGAUGUCACAAAGUAGUGAGUAAGCAUGCUAAUGUGCAGGGGUAAUGUAAGGAUUGUUAGCCUAUAUAAAUAUUCAAGAUUACUUUUAAAUCUCAAUGUUUUACUCUGAUUUAUAAGACUUAAGAGGUGGUCUGUAAUGGAUUCAAAUGUUUCAUUUGUAGUA